AAAAAAGUUCCUGUAUUCUCUGUUACUCAAACAUUCUGGGAAGGUUAAAGCAAGGAUCAAAAGAUAAAAUUUUAGGUUGGACGCCUGAAAGUUCUGGUAAUGUUAGAUCUAGAGGGAAUGGUUCCCAACUUUUUUUGCAUCAUUGAGGAAACCCCCUGACUAAGUGACAUAUUUCAUUUUCUAUUUAAUACACAAUGAUGGUAUAAGUGAUAAACUGUGAGCCAGAGGAGCACAGAGACACAUCUGUGACACAAUAUUUUAAGGGAGGAAUGACUACAGGUAUAUUUAUUAGGGUUAGAGCUAUCCAUGCUGUUAAAAAUUAACAAACUUUCCCUAAAUUUGCCUAAUGGCGUCAGUGAUGUCUGUAUCAUUUCCUUCACUGCCAUACACUGACAGACACACAGUCCACAGAGCGGCAUGAUGAUGAUGGCACGAAUCUUACUGGGUGUCCUGUGUCUCUCAGGCUGGUGCAUCUCCACAUGUCUUCUCCAUCAGUACCACUAUGUUGCAGGUCCUUUGACUUGGACUGAAGCUCAGACCUUCUGCAGAAAGACAUACACAGACCUGGCCACCUUUGGAAGCCCUGAAGAAAAGAGCCAACUUCUCAGCACACUUUCAUCUGCUGGUGUCAACUCUGAUGUCUGGAUUGGUCUGUACAGUAAAAUCGUCUGGAGGUGGUCAAACGGCUACAGAGGGGACGGAGCUGAAUAUAGGAACUGGAACAACAAUCCUAACGAUGAACCAGACUUUUCCGAACCUAAUCAGUUCUGUGUGUGCACUGCAAAGGAUGGUCGAUGGUGGGAUUCACCUUGCGAUGAUGAACGACCAUUUAUCUGUAUGGCAGGUACGGAGCUGGAGCCUGAAUUUGUUUUUGUGAAUAAAAAGAUGAAUUGGUCCGCUGCUCAGAAGCACUGCAGGGAGAACUCCACAGAUCUGGCCACUGUGAGGAACAACACAGAGAACACGAAGAUGAAGAUUAUGCUGACUGCAAAGUGGACAUGGAUUGGUUUGUUCAGAGAUCCUAACAUGUACUGGUCUGAUGGGAGUGGCUUCACAGAUCUUUCAGUCAGAGAUUGGGCCACAAGUAGAGAAUCACUUGGCUCCAAGACUGUCAUAUGUGGUGUUGCAUCUGUGAAGCAUGUAAACCAACUGUCGUUUACUGGCUGUGAAAAGAGAUUACCAUUCGUCUGCUACAGCGCCCCUCCACCUGGUGAGCGGUUUACUACAAAUCCAACACUUGUUCCCCUCACAGGCUGGUGCAUCUCCACAUGUCUUCUCCAUCAGUACCACUAUGUUGCAGGUCCUUUGACUUGGACUGAAGCUCAGACCUUCUGCAGAAAGACAUACACAGACCUGGCCACCAUCGGAAGCCCUGAAGAAAAGAGCCAACUUCUCAGCACACUUUCAUCUGCUGGUGUGAACUCUGAUGUCUGGAUUGGUCUGUACAGUAAAAUCGUCUGGAGGUGGUCAAACGGCUACAGAGGGGACGGAGCUGAAUAUAGGAACUGGAAACACUAUCCUCACGAUGAACCAGACUUUUCCCAACCUAAUGCGUUCUGUGUGUGCACUGGAGAUGAUGGUGGAUGGUGGGAUUCUCCUUGCCAUGGUGAACAAUCAUUUAUGUGUAUGGCAGGUACGGAGCUGGAGCCUGAAUUUGUUUUUGUGAAUAAAAAGAUGAAUUGGUCCGCUGCUCAGAAGCACUGCAGGGAGAACUCCACAGAUCUGGCCACUGUGAGGAACAACACCGAGAACACGAAGAUGAAGAUGCUGACUACAACGUGGACAUGGAUUGGUUUGUUCAGAGAUCCUAACAUGUACUGGUCUGAUGGGAGUGGCUUCACAGAUCUUUCAGUCAGAGAUUGGGCCACAAGUAGAGAAUCACUUGGCUCCAAGACUGUCAUAUGUGGUGUUGCAUCUGUGAAGAAUGUGCAACUGUCGUUUACUGGCUGUGAAAAGAGAUUACCAUUCGUCUGCUACAGCGCCCCUCCACCUGCACCAGUAAAGAGGCAGGUGGUGAAGCUGAGGAUAAAGUCCUCCGUGGAUCUGAAUGCUGUGAAAGAAGAAAUGCUGAGAAAGUUGCAGGACAAACUGGAGGAGAAAGGAGUGAGUGGAGUCACCCUGAAGUGGAGAGAGCAGCCUGAUGGGAAAGUCUUCCACAAGGAGAGAAAAGGAAAAAAGACUGAGCUGUGAAAUUCAAAUCUUCUGCACUUCUGCUGAUCUGUAACCCAUGGUGAAUGUUUGCUUUAUAUCUAAUACGUACAGUACACUAUUAUCACUGUACAGGGUGCUUAACCAGAACCCUGAAUUCAUCCUGUAGAUGUCAUAGAAGAGUUUUGUCCCUAACUAUCAAUAUUACUGAGUGAAGUGUGUUAAUGAAGUUUCUUCUAAAUUAAACAUAUAUAUGACAUGUGACUUUUUUGUGAACCAGUCUGAUAAAACCCACAUUUACAU